UAAUUGCAGAAAGAAUGAUAGAAUCGGCUGGAGUGGGCGGCCAGGGGUCCGGGAAGGAGGCUCACCAUCUCGUCUUGAACGAGGAGGAUCUCGCCUACGAGGAGGAGAUACUCAGGAACCCGAACAUGAUUAAGCCCUGGAUCCGGUAUAUCGAACACAAGGCGGAUUCUCCGAGAAAUAUCUUAAACCUGGUGUUUGAGAGAGCACUCAAGGAACUCCCAGGGAGUUAUAAACUAUGGUAUAAUUAUCUAAAGGUGCGCAGGAAGCAGAUCAAGGGGCGGUGCAUCACAGAUCCAGGAUACGACGAGGUCAACAACUGCUUCGAGAGAAGCCUCGUCUUUAUGCACAAGAUGCCGAGGGUGUGGGUGGACUACUGUAAGUUUCUCACCAAGCAGCAGAAGAUAACGCGGACAAGACGAGUAUUUGACAGAGCACUAAGAGCUCUCCCUCCAACCCAACAUGACAGGAUUUGGCCUCUGUACAUAAAGUUUGUCCGAGCGUAUCCGAUCCCGGAAACUGCAAUCAGAGUAUUCAGAAGAUAUCUCCAGAUGUUCCCGGAGAACAGCGAGGACUACAUCCUCUACCUCAUCGACAUCGACCGCUUGGACGAGGCCAGUCAGGUCCUGGCACGCUGCGUUAAUAAUGACGAUUUCGUGUCGAAGAAAGGCAAGUCUAAUCAUCAACUGUGGAAUGAGCUGUGCGACAUGAUUUCUAAGAACCCGACCAAGAUUCAGAGUUUAAACGUUGACGCCAUUAUUAGAAGCGGACUCAGACGAUACACGGACCAGGUUGGGCAUCUGUGGAAUUCUCUUGCUGAUUACUAUAUUAGAAGUGGAUUAUUUGAGAGAGCCAGAGAUGUUUAUGAAGAGAGUAUUCAAACUGUAACCACGGUCAGAGAUUUUACUCAGGUGUUUGAUGCGUAUGCACAGUUUGAGGAGCUGGCUCUGUCUAAGAAGAUGGAGGAGAUUGCUGAGAGUGAGAGUCCUGGUGACGAGGAUGAGGUGGAGGUAGAACUCAGGAUGGCAAGGUUUGAAGAUUUGAUGGACCGAAGACCUCUCCUCCUGAACUCCGUCCUGCUCCGCCAGAACCCGCACAACGUGGUAGAGUGGCAGAAGCGUGUGACCCUACUGGAGGGGAAACCCAGGGAGAUCGUCAACACCUACACCGAGGCGGUGCAGACUGUUGACCCCAAGCAGGCCGUAGGCAAGCUCUUCACCCUUUGGGUCAACUUUGCUAAGUUCUACGAGACGAACAAGCAGAUCAAUGAUUCCCGGAUUAUAUUUGAGAAAGCUACGCAUGUUGCGUACUUGAAGGUUGAUGAGCUGGGCAGCGUCUGGUGUGAAUGGGUUGAGAUGGAGCUGCGUCAUAAUCAUCAUGAAGAAGCUUUGAAGCUGCUACAGCGGGCAACUGCUCCGCCCCCCCGGCGUGUUUCCUAUCACGACGAUGCUGAGACUGUUCAGAUGCGUCUCCAUAAAUCCCUCAAGAUCUGGUCUCUAUACGCAGAUCUAGAAGAGAGCUUUGGCACCUUCAAGUCCGCCAAGGCAGUCUACGAUCGUAUCUUGGAUCUCAAGAUCGCCACCCCGCAGAUCAUCAUCAACUACGGUCUGUUCCUCAAGGAGAACAACUAUUUCGAGGAGGCCUUCAAGGCUUACGAGAAAGGAAUCUCUCUGUUUAAAUGGCCGAAUGUUUAUGAUAUUUGGAACACGUAUCUCUCCGAGUUCUUGGCGCGCUACGGCGGUACUAAACUGGAACGUAUUAGGGAUCUGUUUGAGCAGUGCCUGGACGGAUGCCCGGAGAAGUACGCGAAGAACAUAUACCUACUGUACGCCAAGCUGGAAGAGGAGCACGGAAUGGCCAGACACUCCAUGGCCGUCUACGACAGGGCCGUUGCCGCCGUCGAGAAGAAAGAAACGUUUGAAGUUUUCAAUAUUUAUCUUCGUAAAGUUGCAGAAAUCUACGGAGUCACCAGAACCCGGCAAAUCUACGAAAAAGCGAUUGAGGUUCUUGGAGAGACAGAGUCUAGGGAAAUGUGUGUUCGGUUUGCGGAGAUGGAAACCAAACUUGGAGAGAUCGAUCGAGCUCGCGCGAUUUACGGACAUUGCAGCCAGAUGUGCGAUCCUCGCGUCGCGCCUGAAUUCUGGCAAACCUGGAAGGACUUUGAGGUAAAGCACGGUAAUGAGGACACGUUGAGAGAAAUGUUGAGAAUCAAGAGAAGCGUCCAGGCGACCUUCAACACUCAGGUUAACAUGAUGGCUAGCGCUAUGAUGCAGAGCAGUGGAACGGGAACAGUAUCAGACCUUGCUCCGGGUCUAACACUAGGACUGAAGGAUGAUAUGUGGAGAUUGGAAGCUAAGGGUAUGGAGAGUGAUAUCAAGGCUGGAGAGGGAGCAGCCGCGGCCAAGCCCAACAUUAUGUUCGUCCGCGGAGAAACUCAGAGCAAGGCCGUUGAGGAAACCCAAGCGGCGGCCAAUCCGGACGAAAUUGACAUCGACAGCGAGGAGGAGGAAGAAGAGGAAGAGGAGGAAGGGGAGGGAGAGAAGGAGAAGGUUGAGAGACCUGUUGGAGGAGUUGAAAAGAUGGAUGUUCCCGACAAAGUAUUUGGGGGAUUGAAAAAGAACGAUUAAUCUAAGUUUCUGACAUUUUAUCAAAUAAAAAAUUUUUGAUAAUAAACUUGUUAUUCUAAAAUUGA